GGCGCCGAGUCCGCAUGGCGCGCUCCCCUCUGCUGCUGGCGCCACUGACGCUGCUGCUGGCGCUGCGCCCACAGCCCGCCACUGGAGACGCUGCCGACGUACCGAAGUUCGCAGAGCCCAUCAGUAACGUCACAACGCCUGUCGGCAGAGAGGCCAUUCUUGUCUGCGUGGUCGAGGAUUUGUCUACCUACAAGGUGGCGUGGCUGCGGGUGGACACGCAGACGAUCCUGACGAUCGCGGCGCACGUGAUCACCAAGAACCACCGCAUCGGCGUGACGCACAGCGACCGCCGCACCUGGUUCCUGCACAUCCGCGACGUGCGCGAGUCCGACCGCGGCUGGUACAUGUGCCAGAUCAACACCGACCCCAUGAAGAGCCAGCUCGGCUACCUCGAAAUAGUCGUGCCGCCCGACAUCCUGGACCAGCCGACGAGCACGGACCUGGUGGUGCGCGAGGGCGACAACGUGACGCUGCGGUGCGCCGCCACCGGCUCGCCGCAGCCCACCAUCACGUGGCGGCGCGAGGGCGGCGAGCCCAUCCCCGCGCCCGACGGCGGACAAGUGCAGAGCGUGGAGGGCGCCGUGUUCCGCAUCGCGCGCGUCUCGCGGCUGCACAUGGGUCCCUACCUGUGCAUCGCGUCCAACGGUGUGCCGCCCAGCGUCAGCAAGCGCAUCUCGCUCGUCGUCCACUUCCCGCCCAUCGUGCGGCCAAAGAGUCAGCUGGUGGGCGCCUACGACGGCCGGCACGUCACCAUCGAGUGCAGCUCCGAGGCCUACCCCAAGUCCAUCAACUACUGGACCCGGGACCAGGGCGAGAUACUCGCCCACGGGAACAAGUACGAGCCAUCGAUAGUGGAGACUUCGUAUAAGGUGCAUAUGAAGCUCACUAUCCGUUCGGUGGGCCCAGCCGACUACGGGCAGUACGUAUGCGUCUCCAAGAACUCGCUGGGUGACACCGAGGGAGUCAUCAGAGUGUACGGAAGAAAGGGUGAUUUCGAAACCAGAAGCAACGAAGUUUUGGAGCUGUCGAAUUCGCAGCACAUUUCCAAAAGGAAAGGUACGUAA